UUUGUUGUGGGCUGUUCACACCUUGUCUCAGAAUCUCCUUUCUUGCCUCUCACUCACGAACAGGAAUGAAGCCACGGACAAGUGCUCUGUACACUUCUGAUGAUUUUUUUGCUCAUUCGUGGAUAUAUGUGAGAGCGCAUUGGCGUGUCUUAUGUUUCCAUGAUGAGUCUGAAGCACAGGAAGUUCUCACUGGACAGCUCUAUGCUCUCCCAGGAUGCAACAAGAGGCCACUGCCACCACAGAGGCUCCACCCAUUUGUUCCUCAAGAAACACAGAAGAAGUCAUGAAGAUGUUGAACAGGAUAUCCAGGAACUAAAUCAAAAUUCCAACGGCAUCGGGGAGAAGACGGAGGAGGGCGUUGAUCGGAUUGAUGGGCUCAUCAGGCACCAUAGUUUCUCGAAACACAAUCGAAACUUCCACAAAGUCUUCCAGGAAAUCCCAGAAGAAGAGAAGCUUACACAUACUUUUGUUUGCUCUCUGCAAAAGGAAGUGCCUUACCAUGGAAAACUUUUCAUCUCGGAAAACCACGUGUGUUUCUUCUCAUCCGUGCUACUCAAAGAGACCAAGGUGGUCAUGCCCACAUCCAUCGUCACUGUGGUGAAGAAACUAAACUCAGCUUUGUCCAUGCUGUCCAUACAAACUGCUGAUGGCAACAAGUACUUUUUCAUGUCUUUGAGGAACCGAGAGAUGUGCUAUAAUCUCCUCCAGAGUGUCUGCUCACAUGCUCAGGGAGACAGCGCCAAAAGUAGCCCUCUUGGCUCCUCUGCUGAGAAUGAAGCUGAGUUCAAUAAGCAGGUCUCCAGUCAUUCCAGCAUUGACGACACUGUGGAUCAGGGACAAUAUGGCAGAAGUCUUGAUGACAACAUCCUUCAAUCGGCCAGUAAACCUAAGACAGCAAGUUCCACACGAAGCAUGUCUACAACAGAAGAGGCGGACAAUGCGUCAACAAGGUUGUGGAAGAUGAUGGAGGAUGCCAUUAUGUUCUUCUUCUCCCGACGACAAAGAGGGAACUUCAGGAUGGUCUUCUUCAUCUACUUGAUACUGUUGGUCCUGCUGCUGUUGGUGUCUGGCUAUAUCGGGCUCAGGAUGUUAGCUUUGGAGAAGCAGCUAACCUCUUUGCAUGAGCUGUCCUUUCUCUACAAAGACAGUCACACCCAGGGGUGUUUGCAAAGUCAAAAUGGCUACUGCUUGGAUAUGUUUUCUGCAAAGUCAUCACAAUACAUCAAGAAACAUAACCAGGAUCAACAACCACCAGCAGUUUACCCAUGAGUCACUGUGUAAUUAAGUGUUUUGCCCUUUAUGACUACUGUGCCUGUGGCAGAUCACAAAAGCUCAGUUUGAGAAACAUAGAGGGUAGGUUUUCUUCACCCAAAGUAAGCAGUUGGUUAAAGUUUUUUUUUUAUGUUCAGAAAGAAAUGUUUGCGUCCGGGGAGAAAUGAGCGCUUUUUGACUUGUAGGAGGUAAAACCUAGCCAGUAGAGGGCAGUGUUUCCGUCCUAACAAUAGCAUCAGCAUAACGCUCGCCCUCCAGUUUAUUAAUUUCAAUUCAUUUUGUCAUUGUAUUUGUUGCCAAAAUUUGUAAAUAAAUAACUUUGUUACACCCUG